AUGCUGAUACUUGUGUUAUUUUGCUUUGCAUCUUCUUUGAAGAUUGUCUCAGGAGCAGGUUGGUGUUACCAGUCUGCCUUUUCAUGCGAUCAUAUCUGCACAGAACCAGACACAUGGGGGAAUGUUUCUCAGCAGUGCAAUGGAAGAUCCCAGUCUCCCAUUAACAUCAUUAAAAGCAGAGUUUCAACAGAGAAAGAUCUCCCUUCUUUCCAGUUCAUCGGCCAACAAGAUGCUUUUCAUGCCCGGCUCUUGAACACUGGUCACAGUGUUCAACUAGAUUUACCCUCCAACAUAUGGGUCCAAGGAGGGAACUUAGGUGAGACCUACAAGGCUCUUCAACUCCACCUACACUGGGGUAAAAAUGGAGGCCCAGGGUCUGAACACACCAUUGAUGGAGAGCAAUUUCCAAUGGAGAUGCAUAUUGUCCUCAUAAAAGAAGAAUACAACUCUUUAUCUGAAGCUGUUAGUGACAGAGAAGGUGUCGCUGUUCUGGGAUUUUUCUUUAAGGAGUCGAGGAAUGACAAUAAGAAGUUUAAUCCUCUUAUUCGUGCACUGAAAAGAAUCACUUCACCCAGUAACAGCACCACGCUGAGCGGUGUGUCGCUGGAAAUGUUCACUCUUCCUCAGAACAAUAUGACCAGGUACUUUCGGUAUGAUGGCUCCCUCACUACACCAAACUGUUCUCAAUCUGUCAUCUGGACCCUGUUUGAGGACACAGUUCCCCUUAGCAGCAAACAGCUUGCUGCUUUCUCUCAGCUUAAGUUUCCCAGUGGAAAGCCAAUGGUAAACACCUACAGGCCUGUUCAGCCCUUGAAUGGAAGGCAGGUGUAUUACUCUGGAGGACAUGUGUCCGUGGUCAGUGCCAUGGUACUCAUCACUUCAGUGUUGGUAUCCAGUCUGCCCCUCCUGCACCACACAACAUGAAUACAGCUCUGAUGUGCACAUGUAUUAUACUUCCAUGAUAAGACUAUUCUGUAUAUAAGCAAUGUUUAUUGUAUAUUGCUCAUUGUAUAAUACAUGAACUAAAGUGUAUUAUA